AUGGCGAUCCUGCGACGUCCCAAGAGGGCAGGGGGCCUGGCCCUACCAGACCUUUACCUUUACUACAUGGCAUCCCACUUGACUCGUGUGCUUUACCAUGGUGCGAGGGGGCUCUUCCUGGACCGCUACGGAAGCACCCGACGGUGGGCCCUACGUGGCAGAUGGCGCGGAGGGCAUUUAGGGAGAAACACCUCUCCCCUUCUCCUUCACCCAUGUACCCGGUUGUGGGGAACCCGGAGUUCGUCCCGGGCCUUGAAGCCGGCUUAUUUCGCCUUCUCGCUGGGCCGAUUUCGGGCCUUACAUUUCCUGCAGGACACACAGUGGAAGUCCCUACAAGACCUCAUGCUAGACACGCCUCUGGGAGAGCCUGGCUGCUGGCGCCAGCUCCAGAUCUCCCACUUCCUCUCCUUGCUCCCUGAUCCAGCCUUAUAUGCCCGAGUCCCAUCUGACUUUGAACGCACCUGCCUAGACGAGGGACCCUUGACCAAGACAUUAUCCUUAUGCUACAAACUAAUCAAAGAGGCAGACCAGGAUUCGCCGCUUCAUUUCCUGGGACAGUGGGAGAGGGAGUUGGGGGUCCAGUUCUCGCAGGAUGAGCUGACUAGAUUGCUGCGGCUCUCCCUGAGGAUAAUGAUUAUGAAGUAUUUACUCAAUCCAAGACUGGUCAUACCUCUGAUCCUCCUUGUGUCAAUUAUCAUAUCUUACUUGUGGUUAAAGUCAGAUGUUUCCAUAGUGCCUUGGAAAAGUCAACCAAUAAAUGCUGCCACUCUGAAAAAACAAAACGAGAUUCUUGUCCUGGUUUGGGUCUGGCCUUUUGGUGAUCACUUUCCAUUGGACAGAUGCCAAACAGAAUUUGGUAUCUCAGGCUGUGUACUAACAGCAAACCGAGAUCUCUACAAUAUAUGUGAUGCCGUGGUCAUGCAUCACGUUGAUAUCAUGUAUGAUAAAAAAACACUGCCCCAGCAGCCAAGACCUAAUUUCCAGCAUUGGGUUUGGUAUAACAUGGAGCCACCACUGAUCAUUAGAAAACUAAAUUGGCUGGAUGGCCUUUUCAACAUGACAAUGACAUUUCGCAAGGAUGCUGAUAUCUUCAGACCCUAUGGUCAGAUGAUAGCCUUGAAGGAGCCCCGAAACUUUACCAUCCCCACUAAAUCCAAGCUGGCUGCUUGGGUAGUAAGCAAGUUCUACCCUGGUGUCUGGAGAACAGCAUACUAUGAAGAACUGAAAAAAUAUAUUCCUAUUGAUGUCUAUGGUAAAGGACACAUUGCUCUGACCUGGGAUGACUUCCAUAAGACAAUUUCUCAAUACAAAUUCUACUUGGCCUUCGAGAAUUCCAUCGCCAAAGAUUACAUCACUGAAAAACUAUGGUCAAAUGCAUUUGGCACAUGGACCUUACCGGUUGUGCUAGGAACAUCUCGUGAGAACUAUGAACGUUUUAUUCCUGGUGAUGCUUUCAUUCAUGUCAAUGAUUUUCCAAGCGCAAAGGAUCUGGCCAUGUACCUUCUUGAGUUAGACAAAGAUGAUGAGAAAUACAAAAAGUACUUCAACUGGAGGUCCCGAUACUAUGCAAAGACAGGGGGUGGAUGGCAAAUUAAUUACUGUCAAGUUUGUGAGACUUUGAAAAAUGGUCCUCGUUACCAGGUCAUUCCUAGCAUAGAGAAAUGGUUUCUGGAAAAAUAGUACCUAUUCAUCAUGAAC